AAGUAUUUAUAUCAUAUCAUCCUCUGUCACUUCAUUACUCUAUAUGUGACUUUUAGCUUGUUCUCUACACUAGAGACUUUGUCCAGCACUUUAGUUUAGACCCUCUUUGGCUCUAUUUUUUCCUGCAUUACACUAAUCACCAUGAAAAGAUUUCAUAGUAAAAGAAAACUCUUGAUCUUCCUGGUGGUAAUCCCAAGCCUAGUCGCUGCCGAGUGCACGUGCGAUGAAGAAGACCAAGAGCGAGACAAAUCAAAAGCUUUAAGGUACAAAAUAGCAGCUUUAAUAUCAAUACUAGUUGCUAGUGCAAUCGGGGUGUGUAUUCCACUUCUUGGCAAAGUUAUACCCGCCUUGAGCCCUGAGAAGAACAUAUUCUUCAUCAUUAAGGCCUUUGCCGCAGGUGUGAUAUUGGCGACCGGUUUUAUUCAUAUCCUACCCGAUGCUUUCGAGAACCUUACUUCGCCGUGUUUGAAUAAGUAUCCAUGGGAUGCUUUCCCCUUCACUGGCUUUGUGGCAAUGUGCACUGCCAUGGGGACUCUCAUGGUUGAGACUUACGCCACUGCUUAUUUUAAAAAACAUCAUCACUCACAAGUCCAGACAACAUACGUGGAAAAGGAGGAAUCAGGGGAUGUGCAUCUUCACACACAUGCAACACAUGGUCAUGCACACGGCCAUCUUCCCUCUCAUGAUCAUCAAUCAUCGGCACUUCUUCGUCAUAGGGUCAUAUCACAGGUGUUGGAGCUAGGAAUUAUUGUUCAUUCUAUCAUCAUUGGAAUUUCUAUGGGAGCUUCAGAAAGUCCUAAAACAAUAAGGCCACUGGUAGCUGCAUUGACUUUUCAUCAAUUUUUUGAAGGCAUGGGACUUGGAAGUUGUAUAAUUCAGGCAAAUUUCCAGAGGUUAUCUAUUACAAUAAUGGGAUUGUUCUUCGCAUUAACUACUCCAGUGGGGAUUGGAAUUGGCAUAGGGAUAACUAAUGUUUACGAUGAAAACAGUCCAACUGCCCUAAUUGUGGAAGGAAUCUUCAAUGCAGCAUCAGCUGGAAUCUUAAUUUAUAUGGCACUUGUAGAUCUUCUUGCAGCUGAUUUUAUGAAUCCAAGAAUGCAAAAAAGUGGUAGCCUCCGAUUAGGAGCCAAUCUCUCUCUUCUACUUGGAGCUGGAUGUAUGUCUCUUCUGGCUAAAUGGGCUUAAGAAUGCGAGUUAAUUUUAGGUUGGAAGACAGUCUUGUGGUGAACGUCUUCGGCUCAACCCAAACAGUUUUUUUUUUUAAUAUAUGCAUUGGCUUUUUAAUAUAUAUAUAUAUAUAUAUAUAUAUAUAUAUACACUUUCUCUACCUUCCAAUUUUCUGCAUUCAGUUUGGUGUUGUUUCCUACUGUGUAAUUAAUGUAUACCCCAACUGUUUAGUAGAUGAUGGUGUCAAUGGAAGAUUAAUUUCUUUCCAAGUCCUUGAUUGUGUUCCAUAUAGAUUUAGAGGAAUGCACAAUAGUAAAUAUA